CCAGAAGUGCCACCUACCUGUGCCCAGCAGUGCCACCCACCUGUGCCCACCCACCUGUGCCCACCAGUGCCACCCACCUGUGCCCACCCACCAGUGCCGCCCAGCAGUGCUGCCAGUCAGUGCCACCAUCAGUGCCGCCAGUCAGUGCCCAGAAGUGAUGCCAGUCAGUGCCGUCUAUCAGUACCCAUCAUCAGUGCCGCCUAUCAGUGCUGCAUAUUAGUGCCGCCUAUCCGUGACACCUCAUUAGUGCUGCCUAUCAGUGCCACCUCAUUAGUACUGCCUAUCAGUGCCCUUUAGUGCUGCCCAUCAGUGCCGCCUAUAAGUGCCCAUCAGUGAAGGAGAAAAAUUACCUGUUUGA